GCGGUACUGACCCGUCCCCUCCCUCGCUUCGGAUUCACAACUGUCAGAGCCAUGGCCGCUAAUCCGGAGGUUUUUAGCGGGCGGCUGGAAGGCAAUGUGGCGGCUGCUAGGAGACCUGGGAGCGCACAGGAGGAGGAGGGCGAAGCUGCAGGAGGCGCCUUGAGCUGUGUGGACCAAGGAAGGACCAUCAAAGCUGAACAGGCAGGGCAUCCAACCGUUGCCAUGGAAAUUACAUCCACAGAUUUCACCAGUACUCUUCAUUUACAUGAUGCUGAAUCCAAGGAACUACCAGGAGAUGAAAAUGGCUUGUCUUACACAUAUCUGUCUUCUGAUAAGCACUCUCAUACAGAUUCCACCUACUUUACUGGUAUCUCCAAGAAAGGAACUGAGUCCCCAGACAUAAAGGAAUUCAGCGGUGUUGGGCCUCGAUCACCCAAGGAGAUACCAACAUUUGAUUCUCGUGGGUUACUUAGUUCGGAUUCAGGAAUAGAAAUGACACCUGCAGAAUGCAGUGAAGUGAAUAAAAGCUUGGCUGACCCCACAGAGGAGGAAAAACAAGAAGCUUACAAAUAUAUAGAUAUUAGCAGGUCACCAGACAUGAAACCACAACAGGUUCUGGACAAGGAUUUUGGAGAAAAUAAAGCAAGCACCAUAGGCCAGGCUGCUCCUACUGAACAACAAGCUUAUGACAGUGUAACAAUGUCUUGGCAAAAAGACCAUUACAAUGGGAACAUAUCUGAAUAUUUGCCCUAUGUACCAUAUAUGGAAGAACCAAGAAAAGACUUUGGCUUAUAUAAUUCACCAACAUCCAAAGAACCCAAAUCAGCACCUGUGACAAUUAGCUUUACUGGGAUGGAAACUACAUUACAAACAGAGUACCCAGAAAAUCAGCAAGGCAAAUCAGAUAAAGGCUUAAAGCUAAGUCCUGAUAUGGUACCAACUGUUACUGUUUCAGAGCCAGAAGACAACAGUCCAGAAUCUAUUACACCCCCAUCCACAGAUGCAGACGGAUACACAGAACCAUCUGGCUUGGAAGAGCAGAGAAAAUACAAAAUAUCUGAAGACGAACUUAUUAGUGCCAUAAAAGCAAAGGAAGGAACAAAAGGGUUUUCUUCUGAAACAAAUGAAGAAAAACAGUCUUAUAGUUUUAAUGUGGAAAAACAGGAUUUUACAGUCUUGCCUACGCGAGAUGCACCUGCACCACUUGAUAUGGAAGGUUCCAGCACAGAAUCAGGUGACUCUGAAAUAGAACUAGUGUCAGAAGAUCAGGUGGGAGCAGAAGAGGCCAUGCAGUCUGCAUACAUGACCUUCAGUCACAUUGGUGGACCUCCACCUUCACCUGCCUCUCCUUCCAUACAGUACAGUAUACUUAGAGAGGAACGUGAAGCUGAACUGGAUAGUGAACUCAUCAUUGAAUCAUGUGAUGGUUCAUCAGCUUCAGAGGAAAGUCCAAAAAGAGACCAAGACUCCCCCAUGAUGAAACCAAUGAUUAUGGACAUCAUAGAAGAAGAAAAUUUAUCAAGAGCUGAAAGUUUUGAUGCGUCAGACUUUGAAUCGUGCAGUUUAAAAGAGAGAAAGCUGAACAUGGAAAACCUGGCAGAGUCGGCUUGUUAUUUAAAGGGUACAUACCACACUGAAAUAAGAGCAGAUAUGCCAAGCACUAAGAAAGAAGAAUUGCUUCCACAGAAGAAAUCACCAGAAGGUUCUGCUUACCAAAGUAAAGUCCUUGGAAAGACAAGUACACUGCCACUGAAGCCAUUGCCAUUUCUCAGUAAGAGAAAAGCAAUUGAAUUAUUAUAUUGGCGAGAUAUCAAGCAAACUGGGAUUGUCUUUGGAAGUGUCCUACUGAUGCUCUUCUCUUUGACACAGUUCAGCGUUGUCAGCGUCAUAGCAUACUUAGCACUUGCUGCUCUCUCAGCCACAAUCAGCUUCAGAAUUUACAAGUCAGUCUUACAAGCUGUACAAAAAACCGAUGAGGGACAUCCUUUCAAGAGCUACUUGGAUAUGGAAAUUUCUCUGUCUCAAGAACAAAUACAGAAGUACACAGACUGCCUUCAAGCAUACACAAACAGCAUUGUAAAGGAGUUGAGAAGACUUUUCCUAGUACAGGAUCUGGUGGAUUCACUUAAAUUUGCUGUCCUCAUGUGGUUACUGACAUACGUUGGAGCUCUCUUCAAUGGACUCACACUUCUUAUCAUGGCGGUGGUGUCCAUGUUUUCUCUCCCAGUUGUAUACGACAAGUAUCAGGCGCAGAUUGAUCAGUACCUGGGACUUGUUCGGACAAAUAUGAACACCAUUGUGACCAAGAUCCAGGCUAAAAUCCCAGGAACAAAACAAAAAGAAUAAAGUACACUGGGGAAAAUUCAAGUGUUGGUAAAUUAUUCAAGUCUAAUGUGGAAACAGCCGUGUUGCUACACUUCCGAUUUAUUGCACCGUUCUUUUUAACACACCGUGUUCCCAGAAACAUCCAGAAAAAAAGCAAAGCAGCUCUCGGAGACCUGCUUCUCUGCUGUUAGAAAUACUUACAAUCAGCUGUGUCAGACACUCGAGUAUAGUGAAGAGAUUCAAAAGUGUACUAGUUGUGUUCUUCUUGUGUUGCUAUAAAAUGCAUGACGUUGGAAGCCUAUGUAAUUUUUAUCUCCCCCCUUUUUUUAGUGUUUUUCUGCUUCUCUCUGCAGCGCUUCUAUAAAUUAAAAUGUGAUAUGUGGCUAGGGCUUCAUGCUUAGGGCAAUGACGCAAUAGUACAAAUUUGCUUCUUUGUCUCUGGGCCGCUGGUUGGAUUUAUCUCAAUUAUAUAUAUAUAUAUACGUAGAACUGUAGACUAAUGUUUCGUGUUUUCCAGCACAAAAGUGAAAACAGUGUACGGUACCUCUAUCCGUUUUGUAUGACUAAACUUGCAGUACUCAUGUUUUAAGGGAUUGAGAGCCAGAUAUACAUGUAUGGUAUGUAGAGAGCGUCAGCUUGUUCAAUUUAUUACGAUUUGUAUUACUUUCUCUGUAGUUCCUAGUGAACUUCUGGACUGAAUAUUUGCACUUAUUAUGUACUUGACACUGAAUGCAUAAAUAAAUGUUACUAAAUGUA